UAAGGAACCACCCUUCGCAGGGGCUGCUCCAUUCCCUCGAGCUGCGAAAUGCCCGAAGCCCCGCAGUUGCCGUCGCCGUCGCCGUCGCCGUCGUCGCAGAGAGCCAAGCGUCCCAAGAACUCACCGCCAGAGAUCGCCGGAGAUGUAGAAGAAGAAGGAGGAGGAGGAGUAGAUCAACAGGCUUUGCUUCCAGGGCUCCCUGACCACUUAUCCCAGCAGUGCCUUUCCCUUCUCCCCCCAUCCUUUCUCUUCUCCGUUUGCCGUUCAUGGCGCCGCCUUCUCUACUCCCCUUGCUUCCCCCCUUUCCUUUCCCUCUACGCACUCCUCUCCCACUCUAACCCUAGCUCCUUCCCGUCCCCCGAUUCCAAACUGGAUCUCGACCCGAUCGGCUUCAACGCCUUCGAUCCAAUCUCCGCCACCUGGACGCCACUCCCGCCCCCACCGCCAGACGCUCUCCUUCGUCGUCUCCUCCUACGACAUCCCUCCUUCAUAGCCCGCAACUUCCCAGUCCAAUCCGUCUCCGCCGGAGACCAUCUCGUCGUCAUCGCUGGCACUACUGACCAUCUCCUACCAGCCCUCUCCCACCCGAUCGCCUUUCAUCCCUCAUCCGGUCGCUGGCUUCUCGGCCCACCCUUCCCCUCCCCUCGCCGUUGGUGCGUCGCAGGGGCCGCCUCAGGAGCUGUCUACCUUGCCAGUGGCGUCGGCUCCGGGUACAGCACUGAGAUCGCUAGGUCAGCGGAGAGAUGGGAUCUACGUCGGCGCGGGGCGGCAUGGGAGGCGGUGGCGUCCCUCCGGGACAGCAAGUUCAGCCGAGAAGCCGUGGAGGCGGUGGCCUCGAACGGGAAACUAUGCAUGGUGAACCUCCGAGGCCGAGGUCCUAAAUACGGAGCCGUCUAUGAUAUCGAAUCCGAUCGGUGGGAGGAGAUGCCGACGGGGUUGCUAGCAGGAUGGACUGGGCCGGCCGCCGCCGAUGAUGAAUCCGGUGGACCGAUCUUCGUUGCCGACGAGGCUAGUGGGGAGUUGAGGUGUUAUUCGUGGGAGGCGGACACGUGGAGGGUGGUGAUUAAAUCGGAACUGUUGAAAGGAGCCGCUCAGAUGGCCUGCGCGGGAGGGAAGGUUUGCGUGGCUAGCAGUGUAGGAGAUGCCGCCAUAGUGGUGGACGUGAGGAGAUCGCUAGGGAAGAUCUGGACCGUUGAUCCGCCUCUUGGGAUGCGAAUCAUGGCGCUACACAUAUUGCCAAGAAUGAGCUGGGCACAAUCAUAACCGUCCGAUUUCAAGUGCUGGCCUCUCAUCCAGUAUGUCCAAUCGUUUUUUCUUUAAAAAAAAAAAAAAUACAAAUUUUGGUUUACGAAAUCAAAUGAUAGAUUGAUAGAUGUGUGGUGAAUACGAUGUUCAUUAUUAUUUAUUAAUUUAAUACAUGAGAAUUCGUCAUUGUAUACGUUUAUAUCCUGGAGAGUGGAACUUGAAUGAAGGGUUUGUAAUAAAUAAAGAAGAUAAUAGCAGCCAGGAAAAGGACAAAUGAUCUCUUUUUCG